CUUUUGGCACAACAAGCAAACAUGGCAGGUCCUAACGUACCGAUUUUGAUAAAUUGUGGAAAAACGAUGGUUUUGCGUAGUUUGGGCUCGAUUUUACUAAAUUCCCAAUCUACAGUAAUAACAAGAUUUCGUGGGUUUAGUACAGCAAGCGCGGAAUUAGAACAAGAAAGAGAUCCAUCGCCGUUCUUUUUCAACAAAGAAGUGCAAGAGCUGUUGAAAUCAAUGACGGGCCGUGACUAUCAGAAGAUUUUUCGAAGGCGGAAAGACAGUCGUAGACUAUCAACUCCGGAAUACAAAUUCAUGACAGAAAAGCAAUUAAACGAAGCAAUGCUUGAAGCCGAGCAUGAAGCUGAGCGUCUGUUACAAAUGCCUCCAGUCAUAAAGAAAAGAUCCGAUAUCACCACAGUUCUUUCCAAAGAUCCAGCAUUGCAAGGUUACAGAAAAUCGAAAUUUGUGUUCACUGACAUUACUUUCGGUGUUGAAAAUCAGGACAGGCUCAUCGUCGUCAGAGAAACUGACGGUACCCUCAGACACGCCAAUUGGGAUGAGAGACACAGAAUGAACCAGAUUUACUUCCCUGUAGAUGGAAGAGAUAUGACCAUGCCAAAAAUGUUUGAAAAAGAACAUUUAGAGGAGGUGCUUAAGCGAAAGGACUAUGUCUUUAUUUUGGAUCGAGCUUGCAUUCAAAUGGAUCCUGACGAUCCAGCGUAUCAGGAAGUGACACAAACGACUUACAAUUGCAUUGACAAAGACGGAGAGUGGGACGUUUUAAAAUCCACCAGACAUUUUGGACCAAUGAUAUUUCACUUGGCCUGGAAUAAGAACAUUGCGAACUUGUUUCUUCACAAUAUCAAAAACGAAAAUUUGAAAGAUAAUGUUGCGUUAAUUCAUCUUUAUCAGAAACUCCAUCCUGAUAAUAAGUAUAAUAGUCUCAAGUAUCAACACGAUGAUAUUAAAUUCGUGGAAGAUUUCAUCGAUAUAGAGUUCCCAAAAUCAAAAAUAUUCCCGGCUUUCCGAGCCUACAAAGAACUUUUAGAAGAGAGAAAGAAGUUAGAAAAGAAUAUUAAAAAGGCUCAUGGAUAUGAUGAUGAGAACGUUGUUUUAUAGUGAGAGUAAAAUUUAAUACGGAAGGGAUGCUAUGUAGAUACUAUAAGGUACGCUGUGGCGCAGGGAUCUCCAAAGGUAAAUCCUAUAUUCACUAGCGAUCCCAGGCCAAUAGGUCGGAUCUAUUCAGUUUUGACCCAGAACUGCCAAAACCCUUUACUGGAUUUGAGCCGCUGGGAACCCUUAAACUCGAGAUCCGUGUUUCUUUUCGAAACUUUACGCUAAAAUUGAGAAUUA